AUGCUCUCUACUACUAUCUGGACCGUCAUGAUGUCAGCUAUUGCUGUUCGACAAGCUGUCGCUCAAGCAGGUGUGACAUAUGUUAUUAGUAGUGAUGGAAAUACGGAGUACUCUUGUUCGGACAUUGAAGAACCUGAGACUUAUUACCAAGACAAGUGCGGAGCAACCUCUAAAUCCGGUAUCGCAUUGACCAAAGUCGAAGUUAGGAAUGGUCUAGGAUCGACCAGAGACGAUUGGACAAUUUAUCAAUUCUGCUACUAUGGUACAGGCUCUGAUGACUACUGUUCGUAUACGGCCAGCGCGAACAAUCCCAGUCUCACGAGAUAUGGACAAGGACUCGGUACGGAUUGUCCGGAAUUCUCCAAUAUCGCUUAUAGAACGCCUGGUGGACCUGCUGUACCUGCUCCUUCGACCGGUGUUGCAGCCAACAAUGAUGGAUGGACUGAACCUCUUUACACUUGUCCAACUGCUGAUGGAAACCUAUACCGAAUUACCAUCUACAAAUCUCCACCUGGUCAAACUACUGCAAACUCAUUGGCUUAUCAGUGUGAAUUCAACGAUUUCGGAAGUUGUUUUUACACCACCUCUGGAACGCUAUACUCUCAGGGAAGUACCUCAUGUCCCUUGCAAGUCUGCACAAAUCACUACGAUCCCACUUUCACUAGGAGGAAGAGACAGGAUCCUGCGAUGGAGAAAAGACAAGUGAAAGCUGCAGAUUUGAGAAGGGCUUUAGCUACUGAAGCUCCUGUGCCCAAACGAUCCGACAGAUUCACUGUUAAACCGUAA